UAAACACGUAGAUCAUCUUACAAAAUUACAAUAAAAGCAUGUAGUAGACAAUGGGGGGAGAGAGAGAGAGAGAGAGAAGAUUGAAGCAGAGCGAUGAGGGUGUUGUCAUCAAGGUUCAAGUUUGUGUCAAGAGCAGUGGCACACGAGGAUCAUGAUCAUAGUGAGGUGCAAAGAAUAAUGUACCCUACAACAGAAGGAACAAGGUUGGGGACUUGUCUAACAGUUUGGAAAAAAUCCCUUGUCAUUAACUGCAAAGGAUUCACAGUCAUCGAUUCAUGUGGAAAUCUGGCGUACCGAGUUGACAAUUACAGCGUCCACCCUCACCAACUCACUCUCAUGGAUGCUUCUGGAAACUCUCUCCUCACCAUGCACCGCCGCCGCACGAAGCUUGGACUUGUAUAUAGCUGGUAUGUGUACGAAGGGGAGAAUGAGGGAAGAGAGAAAGAGAGUGCAGUGUGUUGUGUGAGGAAGCGUGUGAAUAUCUUGAAGGGCAAUGGCAAUCCCAGGGUUGAGGCAUGCGUGUAUUGUCUAUUAGGUCCAGAGUCAGAUAAAAAACGACAUGGACAUGCCGCGUUUACAGUUGAAGGUUCCUAUGCAGAUAGAACAUGUAAGGUGUUGGAUAAGUCCAAGAGUGUGGUGGCUGAAAUCAAGAGAAAAGAAGCCAAUUCCAAACACGUUUCUUUUGGGAUAGACAUUUUUCACUUAAUUGUUCACCCUGGCUUUGAUCCUACAUUUGCCAUGGCACUCCUUUUACUACUCGACCAAAUGUUCUCAUAAAUUUCCAGCUUUUAAUCCAAUUCAAAUAAGCAAGGCACACUAUAUAUCAUUGUGGUAACUAGUUUCAAUUAUUGAUUUGCUGUGGUUGAUAAAUGAUAAUUUCAUUAAACUUCACCUCGUCUCUUGAGAGUCAAACCAUAUCUUCAGAAACCGAUAUUAGUUCCGUUUCUAUGCUUCUGAGGAGCAUGACAAACGAU